GAUUAAUUAAUUAAUUAAUUAAUCGGAUCAAUAUCUUUAAUUGGGCAGUUACAACUAACUGAAAGCUAUUUGAGUCAAGAAUAUUUCUACACAUCUCCAUCGGGAGAUUUACUUCAAUGGCAAUUACAACCGUCUAAUCAAACUGUUCAUUGCACAUCCACUAUAUUAUUGAUAACACGAUGAAUUGAUUCAUAACCUUUAGAUUAAUAUAGAUUAUACAUAAUAUAUGGUUGAUAUGACGCCAUGAUGAAGAAUUAAUCAUGAAAAUAGUGCACUGUUCUUUCAGAUUCACGUAUUCAACUUUCUAAAAGAUUAUUCAUCAUUCUCAUCCCCCCUUAUUAUACAUCACAUCCAAUCAAAAGUCUUCAUUAAUCAAUACUAAUGGAGAAAUAGAAAUUAAUUUAACCAAUCAAAAUGCUCGAUUCAUUAAUUAUUCAAAUCAUAUACUUUUUAUAGGAAUUAUUUAAUUCACCACCCCCUCUAUUGUUUAUAUUGUAUAAGAAUAUAAAUAAAAACACCUAAUACUAUAACAAGUUACCAUUCCUAUUUUAAUGCGUACAUCUGGCAGGGUUCAGUUAUCUACCAUGGAUAUUAAUAAUAAUCAAGUUACUAAUACAUUACAAUUAACUAUUAAAGAUUAUGCAUAUCGUUUAAGAAUUGGUAUAAAAGAAGAUUGGAAAAUUAAAUUAUUUCGUGAAUAUUAUCCACGUCGUUUUCAUGAAUUAUGUAUGAUACAUUUAUCAUUUUUAAUUGAUAUACCAUGGAAUUUUAUUGAUCAAAAAAUAUAUUUCCAUAGUAACAAUGAUCAUACAUUAUAUUCUUCUAAUACUAUAACAACUAAUGUAUGUAAUACAAUGAAAGAUACUAAAUCUACAUUAAUGAAUACUACAAAUAUUGGUGGAACUACAACAAAAUCAAGACUUAAACGAUUAUGGAAUAAUUGGCGUAUUAAUUCACAUCCAGUAAAAUCGGAUUAUAUACCUGAUGAAUUAGCGAAUAAUAUUAUCACCUUGAUUGAUUGUUUAGAUAAUGAUGAAGCUUGUUCUGUUGAAGGAUUAUUCCGUAAACCUGGACAUAAUUUACGUAAACGUCAAAUACAAGAAGCUGUCUUUGAAACAUCAUUUGAUCCGAAAGUAUUCCAACUGAAUAAAUAUAAUUUUCAUGAUUUUGCAAGUGCAUUAAAAUCAGUCUUGGUUCGUUUACCAACACCAUUAUUUACAGAACAUUUAUUACCAUUAUUUUUACAAGUAGCUUCUUUAAGAAAAUUUGAACAAUUUCAUAAUCAUAAUAAUGAUCAUCAAGUUACCAUGGCAACUAAUUUAUUAAAACAACACCACCAACAACAACAAAUCAAUUCACCAGCAAUCAAUGAAAUUUAUUUAAUCAAUUUAAUUGAAAGUAAACAAAUUAAAGCAUUACGUUUAUUAAUACAAUUAUUACCAAAUACAAAUAUGAAAAUAUUAAAAAAUUUAAUACAAUUAUUAAUACGUGUUAAAAAUUUAAAUCAUAUUAAUCGUAUGACAAGUACAUGUUUAGGUACAAUAUUUGGACCAGUAUUAUUACCACAAAAUAUAUUAUUAUAUGAUACAAUUAAAAAUAUUAAAAAUCAUAAACAACCACCAAUUGAAUGUCAAGAAAAAUGUCUUCAAUUAAAUUCUAUCACAAGUUUAUUAAUUGAAAUUGGUUUAGAUAUUUUCUUAUUACCUUAUUCAUUGGUACAAGACAUAUGUACUAAUAGUCCAUACAUGACAAUAUUCAAAACUGACUGUCAUCCUUUACGUACUACUACUACUACGACGUCAACGACGACGAAACAACAAUCAGUAGAUAUAAAAACUAAUCGAUUAACAUUAUUAUUAUCCCCACAAUUUCGUCAUCGAAAUCAUUUUCAAACAUUAAAUAAAGAAGAUAUCAAAAAUAUUGACAAUUCACCACCAUUAAGAACAGCUAUUCGAUUUGCUACACCAACACCAACAAGUAUAGCUAAUUUUCAAGUAUUAGAUUCAUCACCUAUAAAAUUUGAUGAUAUAAUGGAGAUUUCAAAAACACUUAAAACUAAACAACAAUUAAAAUUAGAAAAUUGUAUAAAUCAAACACCAGUAUUAAAAUGGAGUCGAUCCAUAAGUGAAAUAUCUUCAGAUUAUAUACAAUGUUCUGUUGAGAAAUCACAACAGAAUGAUGAAAAUUUAAAUAUAACUUCUGUACGAUCAUCAAAGUUAUCGAAAAUAUCGACCAAUAUAAAUCAUUUAUCACCUUCAAAAUAUCCUAAUUAUACAAAUGAACAAUUAGAAGAUAUUUGUGUUGAUAGUGUAAGACGAAAAUUUAUUAAAAGAAGACGAUUCACUGAACUUCGUUUACCUUCAACUAUAAAUCGUACAGGUGGUGGUGGUGGUGGUGGUGGUAAAAGUUGUCAUCGUCGAUAUUUAUUUUCACCAUGUCCCCCUAUUCCUUUAUUACCAUUUAAACGUGUUGGUGGAGAAAAACGUAACUUUCAUAUUUCUCCAUUAUCUACUAUAAAAGGAACCUUAACAACCAAUACAGCUUUACCAUCAUGGUAAUAUCAUAUCAUAUCUGUAUAUUACACUGUCCUUGUACAUAUCCAUCUUUAUCAGAUUUCAAAUUCUUUAAACUGUGUUAUGAGAAGAAGAAGAAGAAAUGAACUUCAUUAAUCCUCUUUUAUUCCAUUCCGUUUUUUUUGUUUCCUUAGUUACUCAUUAUUUUAUUUCAUGUAAUUUGUACAGAUUUCUUUAUUCGUUAUAUAUUUCUUUUCUUGAAUAUACUACUGAAUAUACUACUGAUUAUUAUUAUAAAGAAUGAAUGAAAUUGGAAAACCUAAACAGAGGUUAAAUGAAUGAAUUAACCCAUUCCAUUAUAUAAAUUCAGUCAUAUUAUUUAUAACAAUUAGAAAAUAUAAUAUUAUUAAUUCUAA